AUGGACAACGAACCGCAAGGGAUACUGCGCUUGUCGAACGAGCUGUUGAAGGAGAUCCUGGAUCACCUCACACGAGAUCCGGAAAAGUGUACUAGCGUCGACCACCGCGCAUACCUUUCUUUCGAGAGCGUUAGGAGGCCAAGCCAGCCAGAUCCCCCGCGUUUAUGGUUAGAGGGCAAAAAUGGGUAUCAUGAAGAUCUUCGCAGCGAUGUUGAUCGAUUCCGAGAGGUCUGCAAACGGUUUUCGGAAGUUGGCGCAGCGCAUAAGUUUAGUCGAGUGGUCGUCCGGUUUUCGGAGCCUGCGUUUAAGAAGCUUGACCAGCUGUCAAGAAGGGACAAUAUACCCCAGCUGCUUUCAACGGCCGAUUCAAGCAAACUCAAUCUAGCUGAGCACAUACAUCGCCUAGAGGAGCAGAAGAGAUUGGUUGCGUCGAACGAAGAUUUACACUCGCUAACUCGUGCAAUGAAGUCAUUCACUGCACUUCAGCAUGUGAAGAUCCUGAGAGUUCAAGAUGAAGCUGAACGUGAUUUGCGGUCAUUUAUCGAUAGACACGAUAACCCAUUAGACCCAUUAGUAGUGGUCGACUGGAACCCUGCGUGCAUUCGUGCUAUUCAAAAUGUUGGUCUAGCGCUGCUGGAGGCAGGAUCUCCUGCCAAUCGCUUUUCGGGACCACAGAUAAACCCACAGGCAACACUUACGUUGAAAAGGGCGCCCGUUCCGCUGCUCUCUGCCCUCGCAACCAAGUUAACAUGUCUUGAAAUCCAUUUUGAUGCAAUGAGAUAUGUUAAUGCGGAGAUGAGGGAGCUCUCAGAGGUUUUCAAGACGUUAUUCACCGCAGCUAAAAAUAUGGAAGCCAUUCAUCUAGGAUUCCCGUCUAGGCUACCGCUAGACCUCCAUCUGGAAGAUAUAUUCCAUAAUGUCCACUGGGAAAGACUCCGCGCAUUUGGGAUUCAGGCCUGGAGACUUGACUCUGAAGAGAUUAUUAACUUUGCUCGACGCCAUCGCAGGUCUCUUCGAGGCCUACGCCUUCGUGACGUUCUAUUAAAAGAAGGAAGCAUGUGGAAAGAUAUCUUAUCUAUGCUUCAUGACGAGAUGGAAAAUCUGGAGUGGGUCAGCUUACGGCGAAUUGACUACUCCAACGCAUUCGAUGAAAAAUGGGCUACGAGUGCAGAUAUAUCAGAUAUCCAGUCUUUCCCAAAUUCAGAUAGUGAGGAUGACGACAUGUUUGAGCCAUACGUUCCAGGAAAUUACCAUAAUAUAAAUGGGGACGACGACGACGAUAACACCAGCCUCGGUGAUGAAUCAGAUGGCCUAAGCUCGCAUAACGGCGAUGUUGGACCUAGAGCGAACCAAAUAGAAUUAAUUCCAGACAACUCUUUAUCUGCACCAUUGCUUCUACCCCCAUUCACCGACCAGUGGGAAGUCCUAAGCUCUAUCCCUGCCGAUGACCUUGAAGAUGACGGUAGAACUGUGGACUAUAGGCAACGGAAAAUCUGGGAAGCUUGGGUUAUAUCCAAGUCGCGGAUUUCUGCUAGCCAGGACCGAUGUAGGUGA